CGAAACGGACGAUUCAUUUACAUUUAAAUGACAUAAACUAAGGGUGAAAAUGACACGUUGCAGACAAAUUCACUUUAUUUUCAAUAUGUCGUUAUUACAUCAAACCUAUUGAAAACCCUCCGGACAGAGAUAUUUAAAAUUCACAGCAGUUGCCGGAAUUGUUUCCAUUUUGUGUAUUCUGCACUGACGGUUAACAUGUUCUUCAAAUUUGUGUUGUUCGUCAGUCUUGGAAUAUAUGUAUGUUUUGCUACAAACCUAAAACGAUGCAUUUGCAGAAACAAGUUUGUUGACGUUGCUGAUGAAAACAUUCCAAUCAAUAUGUGUCUUGAAAAAAUAAUUAUACAAGUAGAUGUACAGUUGAUUGAUGUCAUGUGGGCAGACACAAAGAGAUCCACAGAGGAAUUUGUCAAGUAUACUGUUGAUGUCAAACGUAUUUUGAAGGGUGAAAAUAUGUUGACAGGAGUAGAUCAAACCAAGAUUUUUGCAUUGAGAGACUUCAUUGAAUGUGCACCACGAAUGUUGAGUCGUUCAUUCUCAUAUAUAGUGUCAGUUAAUAUAAUAAAGAAGCAGAUGCACAUGGACAUGUGUAGUAUAAUGGUACCUGCUGAUUUUGUAUCUAAUGUUCAGCUUGCUGUGAUGGAAGGAAAAUUUCUGUGCCCAAAUAUCAAAUAAAUAGAUUAUAAAUUC